AUGGACUCCAGACAAAAUUACGCCAUCGAGUGUGAGAAUGCCGUGAACACGCAGAUAAACAACGAACUCACUGCUAGCUAUACCUAUCUGGCCAUGGUAAGAAAAAGCAGAAGCCAAAAAAACCUCGAAUCUUUUGAUAGACAAAACAACUCUUCAGGCCAACUACUUCAAGCGCACCAAUGUGGCGCACUAUGGAGCUUCCGCCUUCUUCCAUAAUCAGCAUCUGGAAGAAUUGUCCCACGCUCAGAAGCUGAUCGACUACCAAACUGAUAGAGGAGGGGUUGUUCAACUCCAUGUAAUUCCUGCCCCGUCUGUUCAAGAAUGGAGAAGCCUUUCAGAUGCGUUCAAAGAUUCCGUGAAGCUGGAGAAGGGAAACAAUACUGCCCUGCUACGCCUUCAUGAUCUGGCCUCGCAAAAAAAUGACUCAGAUGUAAGUAAUUUAAUAUAAAUAAUACCCAAAGUUUAGCUGACCAAUUUCUUGGAGGAAUUCUACUUGAGGGAGCAGAUAAUUGAGAUCAAGCAGAUGACCGCAAAAUACCAUCAACUUAAGAGAAUCGGCGAAGGCCUUGGAGUCCAUCUAUUCGACAGAGAGUUGGCUGAGGAGGUCAAAUCAAAAGAAAGGAACUGA